CUCUUUUUUUUUUUUUUUUUUCCAAAAAAAUCGUCAUCCUUGUCUUACGGCUCUUGUGUCCUGGGGGUAUUGCUUCUGUUUGUGUCUGCUAAUAUCUCUCGAGAGCUAAGGGAAGAAUAGGUUGCCAGGUAUUGCAUGCUCUGAACUUGGAGAGCGUUGUAAAGUCGGUCGUACAGGACUCAGGCCCCAAAGCCAGCACAAGGACACAGAUACAUAGCUGUCUACCUUCCUAGGGAUAUACCACGUACCACGCAGACAUGCCCGUCAAGGUGAUAGCAGCCGGGCUGGGCCAGUCCAUGCCGCCCGAGGGCCUCCAUACCGUCACGGUCCACCUCCCGGGCUGGGAGACGGCCUGUGCCUUUCGCAAGGGCGACAAAACUAUCUUUGCGGCUCUCAAGUCCAUGUACCCGCGGUUCGGCCCCUUUAACAAGGUCAGACAGCUGGCAGCCGCAAUCCUCUCCCGGCUGGCCCUCCCAGCACUUCCCGCAGGUGAACAAGGCCCAACCUACAGCUGCCUCCCGUUCGUGAGCCCGGACGCGUUCGCCGUGGCGGCCGCCUACGCCGCCUCGCGCCACCGCAAGGACGACCACACCAAGCUGCUGCAGGGCGAGCUGCUGUUCCGCGUCGUCGACAUCGCCGACGUGCGGCUGUACCUUGUGGUAUUCCCGGCUGCCAAGGCGCCCGGCAUCAUCGGCAUCUGGCAGAAUCCCGGCGUGGGCGUGAGCUCACGGCUGGCCGAGAUGCUGCUCGCGCACAUCGACACGCUGGCCGUGCUUCCAUUUGAGGCGUCGUCGGGGGACGGAGACAUGCCGUCGUUAGUAAGAAACGGCGCCCUGCCCCCGCCGACCUACCUGCCCGAGGAAGGCGAAGGGCACGAGAAGCUGCGGCAGCGCAUUAUGGCGCUGCUGAAGCGCGCCCCUGUGAAGAAGACUGUGGCGGUGGCGGCCGUCUCGUCUGGCGACGUCUACCUAUGCCCUACGGGGAUGGCGGCCAUCUACCGCCUGCACGGAGCCGCGCUGGCGGCGCGGCGCGGGCCCGUCGUCGCCCUGGGCGCCGUGUUCCAUUCGACGUGGCAGCUGUUCAGCGAGGAGCCGGCCGGCUUCAAGCACUUUGGGCGCUGCGACGCCGAGGGCCGCGUCAUGGAGCAGCUGGAGGCGUACCUCGAGGCCGAGGCGGCCGCCGGGCGCGCCGUCAGCUACGUGUUUGCAGAGUUCCCGAGCAAUCCUAUCCUGGUCAGCGUCGAUCUCUGGCGGCUGCGUGAGCUAGCUGACAAGUAUGGCUUCGCGGUGGUGGUCGACGAAACGGUCGGCUCGUUUUGCAACAUCGAUGUUCUCCCCGUGGCCGACGUCGUGGUUACGUCCCUGACCAAGUCGUUCAGCGGUUACGCAAAUGUCAUGGGCGGCUCCAUCGUGCUCAACCCAGCAUCGGCACACUACAGAGCAGUACAAGACACACUAACCAAAACCUUCCACAACGAGUACUUCUCUGGCGACGCGGCGCAUCUGCUGCAGUGCAGCGACGACUAUUUGGCACGCAGCACAAUACUAAACGGCAACGCGCUACUACUAACACGGUUCCUCGCGACAUGCCUAACAGAGCCAACACCAUCACCAGUAACAGCCGUGCUGUACCCGCCCUUUACCGACACGGCGGCCAACUACACGUCGCUGAUGCGGCCUGCAACAACCACAACAACCUUAGCCACCACUGGCACCGGCAACAAUGAAUUCGAGCCGUUCGAGCCCGGCUUCGGCUGCCUCUUUAGCAUCGACUUCGUCAACAAAGCCUGCGCGCGCGCCUUCUACGAUAACCUGGCCGUCUACCACGGACCGCACCUAGGCGCACACCACACGCUGGCGUUCCCGUUCAACGACGCCAUCUGGGGCGGCGGCGGGGACCCGGACCCGUCGUUUGCCUACCACGUGGCGUACGGGCUGCGGCCGGAGCAGGUGCGCGUGAGCGUCGGGCUCGAGAGCGAGGAGGAGCUGCUGGAUACGUUCAAGGCGGCGCUGGCCUGUGCCGAGGAGGAGCUGAGGAGGCAGACUGCCGCAGAAGCGGCGCAGGAGGAGCCUGUAUUAUGACGAUGAAGGGUGAGUGGCGGAGGAUGAUGAUGCUGGGAGAAGAUGAUAUCCAAAUUGCCUUUAAAUCAAAGAGCCAGCCCGUUACUUUUGCAUUUCUGCUUCAAGCCUUCCUUCCCGUUCCUUCUCACCUGGCUUGGUUUGACUGUCCCAUACUUCCAGCUUUUAGCACAAGGGGGCAAUCACAUCGAUAAAGACGCAAAAGACAUGAGCGUUCUAAGAAAUAAUUUUCCGUCUCCAAAACAGCUCCUGCCUAGGAUAAAGGUCCACAUCUGAUCAGCUCUAUCUUGUCACGCUCAUUCAAAUCUCCUCAUCACUACUGCCAUCCGGUCAAAAC